CUUAUCCAAUCAUUUCCACUAUACUCUAAAAUUCCCACCCCCAAAAAGCUCUCUCUUUAGAAGACAAACACAAACCCCUCAACAUGCAACAACAACAAGACUUUCAAGAAAACUUGGAAUCUUGCAAUUAUUUCUCCAAAAAUAAAUCAUCAUCAAGUGAUAAUAAUAUGAUGGGAGAUUAUUAUGGUUUUGAUAUUGAAGCUAUUAAAAGUUUUUGUAGCUCUUCCCCAUUUUACCCUCAUCAUCAUCCUGUGGAAUUUCAAGAAACUAUAGAGAGUAAUAAUAAUAAUAAUAAUAGUCCAGAAGCUAGAGCUAAGAAUCAUAAAGAAGCUGAAAGAAGAAGAAGACAAAGGAUUAAUUCUCAUCUUCAUAGCCUCAGAACCCUACUUUCUUGCAAUUCUAAGUUAGAUAAAGCUUCAUUACUAGCCAAAGUUGUUCAACGUGUGAGGGAACUCAAAGAACAAACUUCACAAAUUAUGCAAAGUGAAACAAACUUAUUAUUCCCUUCAGAAACUGAUGAAAUCAGUGUGUUAUCAUCAAAUGAUUGUUUAGCUGAUGGAAGAUUACUCAUUAAGGCCUCUCUUUGUUGUGAGGAUCGAUUUGAUCUCAUCCCUGACCUAAUUGAAACCCUAAAAUCACUCGGAUUGAGUCCUAUAAGAGCGGAAAUGGUCACGUUAGGAGGGAGAAUUCGUAAUGUGAUUGUAUUAGCUGUUGAUCAUAAGGAGAGUAAUAAUAACAAUACUGAUCAUGAUGAAUCGUCGUUGUUGUUCUUGAGAGAUGCUUUGAGGUCUAUAGUUCAACGUUCGAGUUAUGGUACUGGUGAACGAGGUAAAAGACGAAGAGUAUUAGGUCAAGGAACAAGAAAUUACUAG